CAUCACCUGACCGAGGAGCUUUUGUUAGUAAUCUCGACGGCACUUCUCUCAGUUCAGAAACGUACAGAUCCUCCAAAGAAGUCAGCAACAUGAAGAUAUUGUACCUGCUUUUGUUUGCAGUUUUUGCAUGGACCUCCGAUGCGAUCGUGCGGAUUCCACUGAAGAAGUUCCGCUCCAUAAGACGCACACUCACUGACUCUGGCCUGAAGGUGGAGAAGUUGCUAGCUGGAACCAACUCCCUCAAGUACAACCAGGGCUUCCCCUCCAGCAAUGACCCCACACCAGAGACUCUCAAGAACUUCAUGGAUGCUCAGUACUAUGGGGAGAUCGGACUAGGCACUCCUGUCCAGACAUUCACGGUGGUCUUUGACACUGGAUCCUCCAACCUGUGGGUGCCAUCUGUUCACUGCUCAUUCACUGAUAUCGCUUGCUUGCUGCAUCACAAGUACAACGGAGCCAAGUCCAGCACAUAUGUGAAGAAUGGCACAGAGUUCGCCAUUCAGUAUGGCUCUGGGAGCCUCUCUGGCUAUCUGAGUCAGGACAGCUGCACGAUUGGAGACAUAGUUGUGGAGAAGCAGGUGUUUGGUGAGGCAAUCAAACAGCCUGGCGUGGCCUUCAUUGCUGCCAAGUUUGAUGGCAUUCUGGGCAUGGCCUACCCAAGGAUCUCUGUGGACGGAGUGCCACCGGUGUUUGACAUGAUGAUGAGUCAGAAGAAAGUGGAGCAGAAUGUGUUCUCCUUCUACCUUAACAGGAAUCCCGACACUGAACCCGGUGGCGAGCUGCUCCUCGGAGGAACCGACCCAAAGUACUACACCGGAGACUUCAACUAUGUGCCUGUCACUCGGCAGGCCUACUGGCAGGUUCACAUGGACGGAAUGGGCAUUGGCAGCCAGCUGACCCUGUGUAAGGAUGGUUGUGAGGCCAUUGUGGACACGGGCACCUCCCUCAUCACUGGACCCCCCGCCGAGGUCAAGGCCCUGCAGAAGGCCAUCGGAGCCAUCCCCCUCAUCCAGGGAGAGUACAUGGUGGACUGCAAGAAAGUGCCCACUCUCCCCACCAUUUCCUUCGUCCUGGGUGGACAGACCUACUCACUCACUGGAGAGCAGUACAUUCUUAAGGAGAGCCAAGGCGGGAAGACCAUCUGCCUGAGCGGCUUCAUGGGCCUGGAUCCCCCUCCUGCAGGGCCCCUGUGGAUUCUGGGAGAUGUAUUCAUUGGCCAGUACUACACUGUGUUUGACCGUGAGAGCAAUAGAGUGGGCUUUGCCAAGGCCAAAUAAGUCCAUUUUGACGUAGGCCGUGCGUCAGUCAGUCAACGGGUAGGAGAAGAAACAAGGAGAGUGGUACAAAUCUCAGCGAAAACUGUGUCAUGUUGGGACUGGAGAGUAGCAUUAUAAUGUUGUGAAUUUGCACUGAUCUUAACCUAGCCUGCAAAGUGUUUUAAAACCAAUUUUAAGGCAAAUAAAGCUUGUGGAAUUUUAAUCUGUCAAGAUAAAACCAAGUAAAUUCAGCAUCUAUGAGAAUGCAAUCAGGGUCUGUGCUAACUAGCAUCAACACUAUGGUUUUUUUUUUGUUUUUGUUUUCAUUUGUGGUGAGGGGGACAGCCUCUUGAUUUUAAAGAACUGCUGUUGAUUUUAAUUGCCUUUGAUUGCCUCAAAGUGGUAUGGAGCUCAUGAUGACGAUGAAAUAAACACUUUUAAAGUCUA